CAAUACUAUUAUCAACAACCACAACCAGAUAUUAAUUAUCAAUACCAACAACAAAACCAAAAUCAAAACCAAAACCAAAAUCAAAAUCAAAAUCAAAAUCAAAAUCAAAAUCAAAAUCAAAAUCAAAAUCAAAACCAAAAUCAAAAUCAAAAUCAAUAUCAAGAGUAUCAACAACAUUACCAAAAUCCUUAUCAACCACAGCCCCAGUUUAAUAAUAUAAAUAAUAACAAUAAUAAUAGUUAUCAUGAAGAAUAUCAAAAUUAUCAACAUCAAAUCUAUACUCCCAAAACCCCAUCAUCAAAUAAUCAACAAAAUCAGCAAAAAAUAAAUUAUAAAACACCAAUAAAGACACCAAUCAAGACACCAAUGAAGACACCAUUAAAAACACCUCUUACCCAACUCAAAAAAGGAAAACCAUUUUUCCCUCAACUUGAAUUAUCUACAGAGGAAGAGGAUGAUGAAAUUGACAAAGAGUACCGUCAUAGAACCAGAAAAAUGAACCAAUAUUACAAUAACAACAAUAAUAAUAAUAAUCAAAUGUUAUCACCAACAAAUGUAAAUGAAAAUAAAAAUUUAAAUAAUUUUAAUAAUAACAGUAAUAGUAAAAAUAAAAUAAAUAAUCAAAAUAACAAUUUAAAUUCAAAAAAUAAUAGUGUAGAUAAAAUAAAGAACAACAAUAAUUUAAAUAACAGCGAUUUUAGUAAACAAAAUGUAGAAAUAGAUAAAAACAAUGAAAAUAGCAAUAACAGCAAUAGUAAUAAUAACAAAGAUAAAUUAAAAAAAGUAAAUAGCAAAUCUAAAAAAGAAAACCCGACUGUAAAUAAGCAAGAUGAUAUAGAUUUGUCUUCAAUUCAUAGCGAUAGCCAUUAUGAUGAUACUUAUGAUACAGAAGAAAGCUCUUUUCGUAAAAUUAAAUUCAUCAAUAAUAUUUUAAAAAAGAAUUAUAAUUGCAAAAAUAUUGAUAAAGAAAAAUGGAAAGAAAUUGUACCAAAUCAAAGGAAAAACCAUAAACCAAAUUUAAUGUAUAUCAUGGCCAAUAUCGACCUAUUAUUCUUUCGAAAAUAG